AGUUUUGCAACCGCUAACCGAUAAUUCUUAGCUUGCUUGUUGAUCCGUAUCUAGUUUUACUCGUGACUUUUAGUGCUCGCAUAGAAAACUUGCACUCUCGUCGUCACUUCCGUAGUUAGUUUUUUCUUGUCAUGAUCAACAUUUUUUGACACUUACCAACCAACAACUCACUAGGAAACCAGCUGUUAAACACGACCAUGAACCAAUCAGCAGGCUCCGGAGGGACCACGUGAUAGGUACGCCCUGCACACUCGACAUGACAGUGCUGUUGCUGUGUAAACAGUAGCCACCAGCAGUAGAGAGAGAUCACAUCGUUUGGUGUUAUGUUUGGAGUGUUCCGCAAACACAAGAAGAGUAGCAAGACCGUCCCCUCCCCACCCCCUCCCCACUCUCAGCAACCACCCUACGACCCUCAGCUCCAUCAGAAGAACGGUCACCAUGGUCACCAACAGCAGGUCUUCAACCCUGUGAUGUAUGUUACCGGACCUGGAUCAAGACCUCACCACAACGGCCACCACAACGGGGUCCACCAGAACGGGGUCCACCAGAACGGGGCCCACCAGAACGGGGCCCAGCCAUAUUACCAAAAUGGAGGAAGCCUUUAUCAACCUGAUAUAAGACCGCACUACCAUCAAAACGGAGGUCCACCAAACCUUGUUAACGGCUCCACCUCCCACAAGAACGGCGGGGUUCCCUCCCAAAACCACCACCUAACCAAACACAACCACAUCAACAUUGGACCACCUCCGGUCCAGAACAAAUGGGUCAACCUGGAUGAUCCAAAGCAGAACGUACGGAAAGGGAGGAGAUCCCGAGGACACAACCCGGCCGUGAUACGGUCCAACAGCGCGGGGAGUGUGAAGAGUCAAGCCUCGUCUGUCGAUUCCUGUUACAGCACCAAGUCAGAGCAGUUCAAGAACUCUGUCAGGAUCCCAGACACAAAGUUCUCUGGAUCCUGGACCUCCAACGAGUCAGUUAACAGUAGAAACAGGUCAAACUACAGUCUCGCUACUGAGAGGAAGCGAGUUAGGGAGUGGAAUGUGGAUAUCGGCCCCAGAAGACAGGACACCAAACCCCCCGUCCUCUCAUCCGCCCAGAUACCCUAUACCACGUACCGGGGAGUGGGGGAUCCGCCCCCCAAGUCCUCCACCAAGUCCCUGAAGUCGAGCUGUGGGAAUGUUUCCUCUACGGACAGCAGCAGACAACACCCCUUUGUAGCCAGUUAUAUGAGCUCAAGUACCCCGCCUCCAGCUUAUCACAGUGACCCGUUAUCUUCUAGUCACGGUUCUAAUGGUUACAUAAACAAACGAACGACCACCCAACAUCCCAGCACGCUCCCUAACCUACAACAUCCUCCUAACGAAACCAUGCUGAGUGGAUACGGGUCACCAGUACAAGCUCCGGGGCGUAUUGUCACGGCUACUCUCUACAAAACCACCAAAGGGUUCGGUUUCACGCUCUCUGGUGGUGACAAGAGUGGGCAGCCUGUCCUUAUCAAGAGUGUAAAGCAGGGAUCUCCUGCUGACACCCAGGGAGGUCUUCUGGCGGGUGAUAUCCUAGUGAAAGUGAACGGUCAGAUAGUGAGUAACCUGACGCACUCCGGAGUGGUUCAGCUCUUUAAAGCUAUACCCAACGGAGCAGAAGCUAGGUUAGAGCUGCGGAGAAAUGAUAUACCUGGACACAACCAUCAACCACAACCAUAUCAGCCGCAUCAACAACAGCAACCUUUUCAACAGCAACCCUACCAGCAGCAACCGUAUCAACAGCAACCUUAUCAACAACAGCCUGUACCGUAUCAACAGCAACCACCCUUUCAACAACCACCCUUUCAACAGCAGCCUUACACCAAUGGCAGAGCCCAGGGAUACCCCGACCAAGGUGCGGAGAGCAGUUCCAGCAGGUCAACAGGAAGUGUAAACAACCCCCACGGGGACCUCAUUCCAAUCUACAUAGACAAGGGAGAUAAUGGGUUUGGGUUUACAAUCCACCAGAGUAACGCCGGCCAGAGAAUAAAGACGGUGAUGGACCGGAGCAGGUGUGCUUAUCUUAUGGAGGGCGAUCUUAUAGUUCAGAUAAACAGCGAGCCGUUAGCGAACAAGUCCCACGGAGAAACGGUUCACCUGUUAAAGGGGAUUCCACCUCACACUCGAACCCUGCUUCUCGUCAGCAGGGCGGACCCGGAAACAAAACGGAAAGACAAGAAAAACCGUUCCUUCAGAUCACGGCAACCUCCCCCUCCACCGCCUCCUCCACAGCCCCUCCCUCCUCAACCACUCCUCCCCCACAACAACCACGUCAUGACGUCUUCGCGCGCCAACCCACCCCAGAUAAAUCCUCUGACUCAGCCGCGCAUGCCGCUUACAGUCCCCGUUUACGGGAUGGACUCCAACAGGAUAUCAGACCAUGGUUCGGUGCAGAGUGGCAGUGAUCGCCAGCACCAUCAACUCUGGGAGAGUCCUGUUAGGUCAGCUGGUUCUGGGGGCUGGGACCCCAUCACCCAGUUUAACCAGGGGGCUCACUCGUGGGACAGCACGGGCGAGUACCAGGAUGUUCAGGUCAACUUGCAGAAGGAUAACAAUGGGUUCGGCUUCAAGGUUAUUGGUGGAGAAGAGCAAGGUAUCCCUGUUGCUAUCGGUCACGUGACUCCGGAGGGUCCUGCGGAGGGUCUCUUACAAAUCUACGAUGAAAUUCGCACCGUAAACGGUCAGAGCGUAUUAGGGGCAUACCACACGGGUGUCCUGUCCCUGAUAGGACAAGCAGCAUCGUUCCAGGGUAAGAUAUCUCUAGUGGUGAGGAGACACAAGAACCCAGAACUUCUCUUUAAUGUGUCCGGUCUCCAACCUCCUGCUGACAUUAAUGUAGACUUGUCCAGGUAUAAACUAGUAAACAUGCGGAACGUAACAUUGACCAAGGAGCCUGAAGACGGCUUCGGAUUUGUGAUCCACAGCUCGCUGCGCGCAGAGGACACUUUCAAGAUUGGAAAGGUGGUUGCAGGCAGUCCGGCUGGAAGGUGCGCAGAUCUGUUGGAGGGAGAUAGUGUGAUUACUGUCAAUGGAACUGUUAUCACCGGACUGCAACACAGAACAGUUGUGGAACUGAUCAAGAAGUGCGGAACUUCCGUGGUCCUAGGUGUUGGGACUCCUCAACUUGUGGAGGAGGACGAAGAUUCCGAAUGGAGAAAUCAAACUGAAGAGCUUGCCAUUGCGCUGGAAAGAGACGAGCGAGGGUUCGGGUUCAGUAUCCGGGGUGGUAAAGCCUUCGAAGAGGAGGACACUCUGUUCGUUCUGAGGAUAGGUAAAGGAGGAGUAGCUGACAGAGACGGCCGAUUGAGAAGAGGUGACGAGAUUAUUGAGAUUAACGGACAGAGUAUGUACGAGGUGUCGCACCAGGAAGCAGUGGAUAAGAUAAAGAGCGGUGGAAGCACUCUUAACUUAGUGAUCAGAAGACGCAAGUUGGAGAUGCCCCCAAUUAUUCAACUCGGUUUGGAGGACAAGCCGGAGGUUUUACAGUAUCCAGACAGAACUGAAAUAAUAUCUGAUUCGAGGUCAAAGAAUGGUGAUACUCCAGAGAAGGACCCCACACCAAGCAGUUCGCCUAUCCCCCUCCACAUCGAUACACCUACGGAGCCGAGUAUGGAUCAAGUAACACGCGAUGAAUUACCCGCCUCUCCGGUGGAAACAGCGCCUUCGCAUGAUGAAACGGAACAGUCACGUGACGUCAUCACACCACAAUCACAUGACGUCAUCACACCACAAUCACGUGACGUCAUCACGCCACGUGACGCGCGCCACGAGUACGACAAGUACGAGCCGGAUUGUGAACUGAGCGCUGGGUCCUCUCCCGUCGACUGAGAGUAACCUGAUAAACCUGAGAGAGAAUCCUCUGACUCUCUUGUUUUAUUGAUUCGAUAUGUUUCAUGUCACAGAAUAAGUGGUACACUUGUGCUGAUAAAGAUUUGAUCCGAGUGACCGUCAUGUCACGUGACCGCCAUGUGACCACGUCAUAAAGAGGCGUCAUCACGAUCAAGCAGCUACACAACGUGAAACAUUGGAUGUUUAAAAAAGGACUGUAUUUGUAUUGGAGCAUUUUUAUUUAUCGUAAAUCAUUUAAAUCAUUUUAAGAUUAACAUACUCGCUGCUUUUUCGUUCUAAAAGAAGAAGGAAAAACGAGUUAACAGAUAGAGUCUAUCUGUGUAACCUAAGCGAUCCAUGAUCUCACGACAGGCCCUACAGAUAGACUACAAAUAGAGCUGUCAGCUUAUAUCUGGGGUCAUCAUUUAGGUUAGGGAUGAAAUAUUAGGAUGUAGCGUUCACUGUCAGCUUAAUUAACAGUAGCUAUUGUUUGUAAGAUUUGGUCACAACUGCACUGGUUUGUUGUAUGCGGUUUGGUUAAUGGGGAACAACGUGGGUCACUGUGAGUGUUACAAAACGUCACCACGAUUCAACGUUAGACAAAUGUUUUGAGGAACACAUGGUCUUCCUUAAAGUGAGUGUAUUUGUUAAAUUGUAAUUCAUUAACCGAGUUUGUUGUAAAUUUUAAUUUUAUAUUUAUUGAUUUACCAUGUUGCUAAUUAUACAUUGCAUUUCUUACGAAAACCAUUGAACUUGAAGUAACAAUACCGCCUUUUUGAUUUGUUAUUUUUUCAAUACUUUUACUUCUUACAGACAAUAAAUAUUAUGAGGGUAACAUAACUGGUUAUAUCUUUUAAGAACAUUUAUUAGAUGCAACCUUGUCACCUUGUUAAUGUUAUGAUUUCACUUGCUUGCAC